CCGGCGGAAACGCGCGUUUAAUGGAAUGCGCGGGAAAUAAUUACGUCGAUAAAUUUUCUAAUUUUUUUUUAAAGUCUACGAUCUGAUAAUAUUAUGCCAAUAUUGUGUUUCAUUUGUGCUGUGAUUAUGUGAUAGUGUAAAACUAAUUAUAAUUCAUUGUAUCUGAAUGAGUAUAAACAAUGGAAAAUGGUUACACAGAAGAAAUCACAGUUAAAAAAGUGGUCGCACGGCUCAACCAACGUGCUCCUAGAAUAUUGGACAAGCUCCCUCCAGGUUUGGAGAAGAUUGGGCAAAUAGGUGCACAAGAAUUGGAGACACAUCAGAGUGUAUUGGACAGAGUUACUUUUGAAAGUGAAAGGUUAAAAUCAAGCCACAGCGAGGCGUCUUCUAGAAGGAACAGCGAUGACGGCGGAAGAGCAAGAAAAGAAGAAUUUAGAAAAGAUGGAACGUGCUCGGAGCCGCCUACAGCGAAUGUGACCAACCACAACAUGUGGAAUGAAUUGAGCAGCUCAACGUCAACCACCAGAACUGAACUUAGUUUAUCUGAUAGCACUACUGACGAACAGACUAAAAUACGUCGCAGAAGUCACGAGUCUGCAUUGCCAGGAACACCAUUACAUCCUCGAGCACUGUGGAAGUCAGCUGAUAGUCUCACCCCAGACGCGGCCUUCGGUACAUCCUUAGCUGAUAUCAUGGAAAGCCCAGCCAACAAGAGUGUUCCUAUAAGAGAUACGGGUGAGAAAAAGGUGCAUCUGAGAGAAGACAUUAAAUCGGUACAUUCAGAUAGUUCAGAGGAACACAAGGCUCGUAUGGGAUGGAGGUUUGUCAGAAACGUAACAUACGUUGCUGGGGCCUUCUCCCCCAAGUCCAAGGAGACCUCAACUGCUCCAGCACUACCUGGCACGCCUCUGCCAGAUUUCCAGCCACAAUCAGAGAGUAAGAAGUCAGAUUAUACAAAUAAAGACGACAGGAAACCAUCACUGCCUAAUUAUCCAAAUGAGAAAGAAGAGAAUGUCGGUGAAACUAGUCCAGAGGGACUUGAUCCCGAAUCUCUGUUAUUCCGAGACGGUCGUCGUAGAAUAGAUAUGGUGUUGGCGUACGAGGAAGAAGACUAUGGAGUCAUGACUGAAGCUGAAGCCAAAAGAAGGGAGCAUAGAAAGACAUUCCAGGAGAAUCUCAUAAAAGAAGGUUUGGAAUUAGAAUUAGAAAAUAAAUGUCUAUCAUUUGACGAAAAAACAUGGUUCCUGAAGGUGCAUAUACCAUGGAAAUGUGAAAUGAGAUUAGCAGAGGUGAUAGGAAUGAAGUUACCGACAAAACGCUUUAUCUCAAUAUCAGUCAGAGCAUGGAGUGACGAAAAACAAGGCGAAAAAGACAAGAAAUGGUAUUCAAAAUGGCGACGACGAUGGAAACAGCUGUAUGAAUAUGAACACAGUAGAAUCGAACCUGAACCCUCAUUUUAUGAUGCCACAGAGCAGAAAGGAAUUAGAAGAGAAGAACAGUUUCUAGUCAAAGAUCGCCAUACACAAUUCUCGCCAGCUCAACGAAGCCUAUUAGUUAUGCAAAUAUUAUUAAGGGCCAAAUAUGACAAUACUGAUACUAAGAUGGGUAUCCGUCGCUUGCUCAACGACGGCACGUAUACGGCCUGUUUCCCACUCCACGAGGGCAGAUAUGACGUCGAUUUGUCAGACGGAACCGCUACUGAUAGAAGACUUCUAUACUUAGAAUGGGCUCGUCCCUCAAAAUGGUACAAGAAACAGCCGCUUUGGCUAGUAAGGCGAUACUUUGGGGACAAGAUUGGACUGUAUUUCUGCUGGCUUGGCUUCUACACCAAAAUGCUUUACGCCCCAGCUAUUGUUGGAACAUUGUGUUUCCUAUAUGGCCUAGCGAGUAUGGAAUCGGAAGAUAAUAUACCCAGCCAAGAAAUCUGCGACCUAAAAGGUCCAGGUAACACGACGCUCUGCCCACUGUGUGACAAAGCCUGCCAGUAUCAGAGUUUAUCUGACUCCUGCCUAUUUGCCAAGCUGACGUAUCUCUUCGACAACCCAGCUACCGUCUUUUUCGCUAUCUUCAUGUCCUUCUGGGCCACUACAUUCUUGGAGUUAUGGAAAAGGAAGCAAUCAAUACUAAGGUGGGAGUGGGAUUUGGGCGGUGUCGAUCAGGAUGAAGAACCUCGUCCCGAGUUUGAAACGUCAGUGAAAACCUUCAGGACAAAUCCAGUGACCAGAGAAAAGGAGCCAUUCUUACCAACUUGGCAAAAGACAAUGAGAUGUGUAGCGACCAGCUCAGCUGUAUUGUUUAUGAUUACCAUAGUAAUGGGCGCAGUACUUGGCACCAUAAUUUAUCGUAUAUCCAUGGUGUCAGUGAUCUAUGGUGGGACCGGAUUCUUUCUGAAAAGACACGCCAAGAUCUUCACUGCCAUGACUGCUGCGCUGAUUAACUUGACCAUUAUCAUGAUACUCACCAGGAUAUACGCAAAAGUGGCAGUAUACCUCACGAAUAUGGAGAACCCACGAACGCAGACUGAAUACGAGGACUCAUACACAUUCAAAAUAUUCUUCUUUGAAUUCAUGAACUUUUAUUCUUCGCUCAUCUACAUUGCGUUUUUCAAGGGUCGAUUCUACGAUUAUCCAGGCGACGAUCAAGCGAGAAAAUCAGAGUUCUUCAAGCUGAAAGGCGACAUCUGCGACCCUGCCGGUUGUCUAUCCGAGUUGUGCAUACAAUUAGCUAUCAUCAUGAUUGGCAAGCAGUGCUUCAAUAACUUCCUCGAGCUGGGAUACCCGAAGUUCCACAAUUGGUGGAGACAGCGGUCCCACCGAGCUGUCACCAGGGAUCUGUCCAAGCCCGACAUGGCGUGGGAACAAGACUAUCACCUGCAGGAUCCUGGUCGGCUGGCUCUGUUCGAUGAAUACCUUGAGAUGAUUCUCCAAUACGGUUUCGUCACACUGUUCGUGGCGGCGUUCCCCCUAGCGCCACUAUUCGCUCUGCUCAACAAUAUAGCAGAGAUCAGACUGGACGCAUACAAGAUGGUGACACAAGCGAGGCGCCCUCUAGCUGAAAGGGUUGAAGACAUAGGCGCAUGGUAUGGUAUAUUACGAGGAAUCACUUACGCCGCUGUUGUGUCUAAUGCCUUUGUAAUCGCGUAUACAAGUGACUUCAUUCCACGCAUGGUGUACAAAUAUGUAUACUCCCCAGACAACACCCUAGCUGGCUACAUCGACCAUUCGCUUUCAUUAUUCAACACAUCUGAUUAUCAAGCCGACUGGGGUGCUGAUGAGAAGGAAUACGACCCCCCGACCUGUGCCUACCGCGGGUACAGGAACCCACCAAACCAUCCGGACCCGUAUGGACUAUCUCCACACUACUGGCAUGUUUUUGCUGCGAGAUUGGCCUUCGUAGUGGUUUUUGAGCACGUGGUUUUCGGUCUAACGGGCCUGAUGCAGCUCUUUAUACCAGAUGUACCAAGCGAGCUGCGCACUCAGAUGCAAAGGGAAGCCUUACUAGCCAAAGAAGCCAAGUACGAACACGGCAGGAGAAGACUGUCCACCGACAGACAAUUGAUACCACAGAAAACUGAAAGUGGAGCAGAACGCAGCGGACCGUGGCCUCGGCGCCACUCACGAGCGUCCGACGGACUCGACGCGCACGUAGCCGUCGCGCAGCGCCCUUUAUCGCCGACCAUCACUCAUUAAUAAAUUCCCGCCAAUUUUGCAUUAUUGAAAUUAAAACAUGUCUGAUAGGCGUAUAUUAUAUUCUUAAAAUUGUAUUAUGGACACCAGAGAGCGCUACCACACAUGUGGAAUCAACUUUUAGAUCUAUCUAAUAAUCUAAAUAAAAACUAAUUGUGUCAUCAUUUUACUAUUUAAUUUAGAUGAGGGAUAAUGAAUCUCAUAUACUAAGCCAAAGAUAUAGAUCUGAUGUCAUGUGAUCAUUGGAUAAAAAAAAUAUUGUUAUGAUUACACCAAAACUACAUUAGUUAUUAUUUCAUCGCUGUCUAUGACAAAAACCGCCAAUAAUUUUUGGUUAUAAAAAUACCGAAUUAAAUUUUAUAACAAACAUCCAUAGACAAAAGAUGGGUUAAUAUUUUUCCGUAUUCACUAUAUAUUUAAAUAAAUUAUUACUUAUUAAAUAGAUAAUUAUUUAAUGUUAUUAUUUUAGAAAUUUAAUGUUAAAAAAAUGGCAUUUUAACAUUCGACUGACUUAUUGUGAUCAAAUUAAUUUUGAUCAUUGUUAUUAAAUAUUGAAUGUUGCAUUUAAAUUAUACUUACGUGUGUUCUAUUUAAAUUGAAAGUAAAUCGUAUUUUUAAAAUACGAAAUGAUGAGUUAGUUUUAAAUGUAAGGUAAUGAAUGAAUAUAUUAUGAUGUAUUUUUCUUAGGCGUAUUAAUUUAAUGCCCCAAUAUUGUAAUAAUAAUAAUUGCUGUUUAUGUAAAUAAGAAUAAGUACUUAAAACACAUAGAUAAAUGACGGCAGAAAAUUAAGCAAUUUACAUCCCAACAAUAUUCAAAUGACGAGACGGAGCCGAAUACUUACGAAGUGAUUUUAAAAAGACGAGCCACCGGCCGAAUUCUUUUUAACCAAACGAGGUCCUCAAUUGUUCGAUGCAAUCAUAAUUUUUAAGCAAAUAGUAGUUACUUUUCUCUAAAUUGCGAGGAAAUUGUAAAUAAAUUAAUUUAAGAUACAUAAAUGUUCCUAACAAAAGUUAUAUUUCAGUUCGCACACAUGAAAAGAAAUCAAUAAUAAUUUUAAAAAGUAACUUAACAAUAACUUCUAUUAUUGUCGGUGAAGUGCUAAAAAGAAGCGAUAAUUAUAUUAUUUUUCUUAAGUAUUGUAGCAAUUUCCAAGCAAACGGAAGAAAAAGAAUUUGUUGCACAAAAUUUUGUAAAGUGCUCAAGUCAAUGAACUAGACUACCGGUAAAACAGUGUGAUAUUGAAAAUAUCAAAUACAUUAAAGAUUAUAAUGAAAUGCGUCUAUUAUUAUUCUGUCAUAUAAUUUAAAUAAACAAAUAUAUUAUAAAAUAUUGCAAAA